AUGAUAAAACGACCGGACAGGGACCGAAAGUCUCUUAUUAUAGCUGGGGCUGGGGCUCUUUGUAAAUACGCUCGUGCACGCAUCGCGACGGGGUUUGAAAGUUCGAAACUGACGAUUCCGUACAGACACGACUGCAGUGGAGAUUGUCAUUUAUCGUAUCACUAUGAUGUGUUUAGUGUUUACCGGUUGUGCGCACUUAGACAGCUAGCUCGCGGAAUCGAAAACGGAUGGUGGCACGUGCGCGCGUUCGUUCGACAGCAGCAGCCGAAGAGAGUGACGGACGGAGGCGACAAUAAUAAUUCCGUCGUCCACUUGAAAUUGCACGUGCGCGUCGUUCGAAAACUAUCGCCGUCGCAGUCGACUGCCGGAUUCCAAAGUCGGUGCGAUAUCCAUAACAAUACGCUAUAA